CAAAUUGAACCACUUAGCGGACCAGUUGAGGCCCGCGGGCCGCAUAUUUGGCACCCCUGGUCUAUGCCGACACUUAUAUGUAACUUAUAUCCAAAAAGCUGUGACGUAGGAGUCCCAUCUGCGGAGUGUGAGUGGUGUUUGUGAAACCAAACACCUUGAUCAUCAACAACAAAGGAGGUCAGAGGUAUUAUAUCGUCUUCACUGUCCAGACUUGUCUUUCUCGUGGUUGCCAGUUGACUGAAAGCUUGAUUUUUCUUGAAGGUUAAACGUCUUUCCACGAUAUCAACACUCACUCCUGCACAGUGAGGAAAAGAAUUCACUUUAAGGAAGUAAUCUACUUGACAAACACAUCACGAAAACGUCUGAACUUAACAUCGCGGAAGGUGGCGAUCGAGUAACAUUCCUAACAAGUCACGGUACACUCCAUUCCAAGUAUCCCUUACACCGGUGGAAGAGAAGAAAAAAAAAGUGCAAAAUGUCCCACAGUCACGAGAGCAGAACGGCUUUUUCUUUGUUGUCGUGUUGCCUAGGUAGCGGCCGAUAGCUGCAGUUUUUUGUGUUUUGCAUUUGUCUUGGCGAAGGGAUGAGUCAACACUAAAAACAAGGAGAAAUGAGAGAAUGAAAGAGGGGGAAAAAAAAAAAGAUUCAAAGGCUGGAGGCUACUGUUUGUCUAAGAGCAGAUUUCCAAGCUUGAAUAAACGGGCACUUCAAACUGCGUCGAACAAGGAAAAUACUUGAGGAACAUGCAAUUCGUCAAUUUAGAAGAAGAAAAACAAGUCAAACACGAAGAAGAGGAUGCUCCAGACGUUCAAGCUCCUGCGGACCUGCUCAGGAAGAUGAUUCUCAUCUAUGAACCAGAGAACCCUGAGGCGUCUGAGUUUCUUCUCCUUAUUCAGAAGAAGCUGUUGGAGAAACGAUGCGAAGAUGACGCUGCAGGAGAAGAGACCGACAGUGAUGACGAUGACGACGACGAUCCUGGAAGCGACGGGGUGCACUGCAGCCUCUUCUCCUCGUCUUCGUUUUCAUCAUCCGAUGCUGCUGGGAAAAUAAACGCAUGAUCUACAGGAACAAUAAUAUACUGUCACUUUUUUUAAAAACAAGUAGAGAAAAUGAGAAAUAUUCGUAUCUCGGGAAUUUUGUGUUUGACUACUAUCUUUAGAAAUAAUUACAUAAAUUAGACAUUAGACAAAUAGAGCCUAAACAUUUACAUAAAUAUUUGAAAAUGAUGAAAGCAUGCCGGGUUUUGAGCAUGCGCAAUUGGGUGAUUUUCGUCACGGGAAAAAAAAAAUCGCUUCAAUCUUGAUUAAUGUGCGUGUAUGCCACACGGGGAAUACACACGCACGUGAAAAUCGUAAAAAUAAGAUUCACUAGUCCGUUUGCGGAAAUGACGUCAUUUUUUUUCAAACAUGGCGUCCUAAUUUACCUCCGGCCUUAAACACAGCGAUUUUUAAAAGAUUUGAAGUGAAAACACGGGCUGUCAUGAGCUAACUGCAUCCUAGAAGUUCGUAUAUCAUAUAAUAUUUGUUGUAACAGUCAAAACUAAUCAAAUAUAUAA